AUGCACACUGGGCGACCGUGCGAGGCCACACCAGCUGAAGUAGCACUUGUGCGCCAGGACUUGGGCUUCGUGCCCACGAACCUCGUGCGCGUGAGCGCGUUCGUCGACAGCCACGGCCGCACGUCGCGCAGAUGCGACGACUCGGGUGACUACCGACCCGCUGUGCUGCUGCUCUAUCCUUUGCGGAACGCCGAGUCGGCGUACAAGAAGAAGCAGCGCGCCCAAGUGGAGCCCUUUCCGACCAUCUAUUGGCUGUCGUCCCCCGCGCUCAAGGCCCGUGUGUCUGCCCUCGAAGACCAGCAGUUUGUAUUGACGCUGCAGCAUCGAUUGGAUACGAACGAAGGCGCAAAAGAGAAAAUGGCCGAGUGCCACCGCGCGUACGCCGCAGAGCGCUGGGAUAUGAUGACGUCCGACGACGUGGCGCUUGUCAAGAGCCGGCGGUGGGAGUUUGUCCUGCGCGACGUCGGGAUUGCCGGUAUCCGUGACUUCACGAACGUCAAGUGCCUCCACACCCACUACGCCCACUAUCUGGCCACGGGCACGAACCUCAUCGGCGAAUGGGUACAGGAACUGCUCGACGGCGUAGCGCUUGACGAGCUGAAAGCAGUGACGUGA